GCCGGCCGGCCCCAGCACAUGUUGACAAUCCGAGAGCUCAAAGUGUGUCUUCUCGGGGACACGGGGGUUGGGAAGUCAAGCAUCGCGCGUCGAUUUGCCGAGGAUAACUUUGAGCAUAACGUCCAUCCCACCAUUGGGGCAUCUUUUAUGACCAAAACUGUGCCUUAUGGAAACGAGCUUCACAAGUUCCUCAUCUGGGACACCGCGGGUCAGGAGCGGUUUCAUUCCCUGGCUCCCUUGUACUAUCGAGGAUCCGCCGCGGCUGUCAUAGUGUACGAUAUUACCAAACAGGAUUCAUUUCAUACCUUGAAGAAAUGGGUUAAAGAACUGAAAGAACACGGCCCAGAAAACAUUAUAAUGGCUAUUGCUGGGAACAAAUGUGACCUCUCGGAUAUUAGGCAGGUGCCUCUGAAGGAUGCUGAGGAAUAUGCGGAAUCCAUUGGUGCCAUAGUGGUUGAAACGAGUGCUAAGGAUGCUGUUAAUAUCAAGGAGCUCUUUCAAGGAAUCAGCCGCCAGAUCCCACCCUUGGACGCCAAUGAGAAUGAAAGGAAUGAAGUGAUCAGGCUUGGGAGCCAGCACGCACCAAGAUGCCAGCAUCAGCGGCGGUGCUGUUGA